AUGUCUAUUAUUAUGAAAGGUUUGGGACUUCUUACCGGAAAGAAGCCACCAAAAGAAUUAGUAAGAGAUGCUGUUGAGUGUUUGAAAGUGAUCGCAAAGGAUCCUGAACAAACACCAGUCAAAGAUUCGAAACAACAAAAAGCAUCUGAGGAUUGUGGAAAAUUAUUAUCCGGAAUCAAACAAUUACUUCUUGGUAAUGCUGCAACAACAGAAAAGGAAGAACCUAAAAAAUCGGAUAUUAAUGAUAUUGCCAAAGAAGCUAAUGAUACAGAUUUUCUGUUAUUACUUGUACAAUAUUUAGAACAUUUAGAUUUUGAAUCAAGAAAAGAUGGAAUGAUCAUUUUCAACUUUUUAGUAAAAUAUCAACUGAACGGAAGAUUUACAACAGUUGAUUAUAUUUGUGAACACCCACAAAUGUUGUCACUUUUACUGUCUGGGUAUGAAAAAAGUGAGGUUUCUCUUCUUUGUGGAAGUAUGUUGCGUGAAUGCUUCAAACAUGAAAUAUUGACCAAGAAAAUGUUAUUUAGUUGUGAGGAUGUUUACAAAUUAUUUAUUUAUGUUGACAAUAGCAACUUUGAAAUGCAAAGUGAUGCUUUUGUGACUUUUAAAGAACUUUUAACUUCAAGACACAAAGCAAUUGUGGCAGAAUUUCUUGAAACCAACUUUGACAAAUUCUUUACUGAAUAUAACAAUUUGUUAAAUUCAAAGAACUAUGUAACAAAAAGACAAUCCUUAAAGAUUCUCGGAGAAAUAAUACUGGAUAGAUCAAAUUUCAAUGUAAUGAGUAAAUAUAUUAAUGACAGGAGUAAUUUGAAGUUAAUGAUGAACUUGCUAUUGGAUAAGAGAAAAAACAUUCAAUUUGAAGCAUUCCAUGUGUUUAAAGUAUUUAUUGCCAAUCCACACAAGUCUGCACAAGUUAGAGAUAUUAUUCGUCUUAAUAGAGAGAAACUUAUUAAUUAUUUAAGAGACUUCCAAACUGAAAGAGAAAAAGAUGACGAACAAUUUUUGGAAGAAAAAUCACAACUUAUUUCUAUAUUGUUAAACGAAAAAGACACUGACACAAAAGAAAAUCAAUAACAAGUUUUAAAUCAAAAUUUUUAAUCGAAUUUUGUUAACAUAAAUAAUGUAAUUAAUAUUCCUCUCCUGUUGCCUUAUAAAUCUUGCAAGUAUUAUCUUUUGAACCUGUAAUAAUUGUGUCACCUUCAUAAUUGAAGGCGCAACUGAAAACUUCAUCUUUGUGUCCUCUAAGAACUUGCAAACAAUUUCCAGUCUUGGCAUCCCACAAUCUACAAGUCUUAUCAUUAGAAGCAGUAAUAAUCAUAUUACCUUGAGGAUUGAAUGAAACCUUGGAGAUUUCAGCAUGAUGUCCAUAACAGACAGCAAGACACUCUCCUGUCAUUGUAUCAUAAAUUCUGGCAGAACAAUCUUGGGAGGCUGUUGCUACUCUUGUUCCAGUUCCAUUGAAAGACACAUCUAUUACUUCAUCAUUAUGUCCAGUUAAUGUUCUUACACAUGUUCCUGUAUGCAUACUCCAUAAUUUACAAGUCUUAUCGAUAGAACUUGAAACAACCAUAUCACCUGAAAAGUUGAAUUGAGUUGCUGAAACUUCGCAUUCGUGGCCAUGGAAAUUAUAAACACAUUCUGCUGAUCUAACAUCCCAAACACGUACUGUAUUGUCGAAUGAUCCAGUGACAAUAAAGUUACCAGCAUUAUUGAAACUCAUACUGAUAAUUUCCUUAUUGUGUCCUAAUAAAGAAUAUACUUCCUUUCCAGUUUCCACAUCCCAAACCUUUGCUGUUGUAUCAAUUGAGGCAGUUGCAAUCAAGCUGCUAUCUGGAUUGAAAGAGACGCAAACAAUUUCCAAUUCAUGCCCUCUAAGAGUAUAUUGACAUUCACCAGUUUCUGCAUCCCACAAUUUACAUGUUUUAUCAAAAGAUCCUGUAACAAUCUUAUCACCGAAUGGAUUAUUGAAUGCAAUAGCAUAUACUACGUUUUUGUGCCCUUCUAAACUCUUUAAUUCCAAUCCUGUUUCUGUAUCCCAUAUUUUACAAGUUCUGUCAUAGCUUCCAGUGAUAAAUCUAUCUCCUGAUUUGUUGAAAGCACAAUUGGUAAGAGGUAACAAGUGAGCCUGGAGUGAUUUCUCUUCUUUGAAUUUCUUGCAUUUAAGGGAUGACAACUUGUUUACCAACUUUUCAACGAGUUGUUUAAUUUGUUCAGUCUUUCCGCUCGGAAUUAAAGGUUCGCUGGCAACAAUAUCUUCGGCCACUGUAUUUACAUCAGAAAACUCAGUUAAAUCUAAUAAAUCAAUAGUCUUUGUACCCUCUCUGCCAUUAGAUCGUUCAUAUUCAAGUAUAAUGCCAGGUGGAUAAUAUCUGAGCAUAAAUUUCUUC